CAGGAAGGCGAAAAGGAACAGAUGGAAAGAUCAUGCGCGCAUGCGCAGACAAAGUACUUCCCUGCUGUCUUGUCAAAACUUUUUCUGGUGAUGUUUCAAACUCUGAGCGGUGUUUCCCGAAAGCACAUCGGUACCGCAAGAGUGAAUCCACUCGGAAUUUUCAGGCGAAACAUGAGCAGUUUAAGCAGCGAAAAUCGCUCUAUCCAUUCAGACAACAUCCAGGACGUUCAUAACAUCCCAAUGGACGUGAUCAUACGACCCAUUCCGCCUGUUUUAGACGAGCAGAAGGUCCAAAGCCUCAUGACCAGCAUAAAGGAUGGCUCAGAUAUCUCCGUUGUGCCUCCCAUAGACGUGCUUUGGAUAACUGGAGAAAAGGGGGGCAAUUAUUACUACUCUUUUGGAGGCUGUCAUCGAUUUGCUGCCUAUCAGAGGUUAAAGAUGAAAUCCAUACCAGCCAAGAUAAUUAAAUCUAACAUCUCAGACCUGCGCACCUACCUGGGAGCAUCCGCGCCGAAUCUACUGUGACUUGUGAGGCUGGUAUACCUGCACUGACAGCCAUCUGGAUGAUGGUCAAUCAUGUUUAUCCUGUAUGACUGUUUUUUCUAUAACACUGAGAUGUAGAUUGUUGUGAUGAAAAUGGCACUUUGAUGUUCCUGGUGAACAAUUAUUAUUAUUAUUAUUAUUAUUAUUAUUAUAUUAUUGAUGAGCAAGUAAAUUAAGGAAAGUUCACACAUGCAUUUUAAUCAUGAAGUUUCUAAUCAGACUAUCAUGAUGCGUCAGUUCCUGUUCCCUAGUUAUAUCUCUAAAGGUGUUAAUUCUUAUGAAGGAGCUAUGAGUUUUAAAUAAUCCAAAACAAAUGUAAAAGACUUAACCUGUCAUAUUUAUAUUACUUUUGCUCAACAUCAUUUUGCUUGUUCACUGUGUGAUUCAAGUCACAAUGACUUAACAGAUCUUCCUUCAUCUGUCAGUUCUUAGUCUGACCACCAGAUGGCAGCAUUAUAACAUUGUUUAGAGCAGGGCUUCCCAAACUUUUUUUGAAGGCCAAAGCCCUUUAGUUUGACCUAAAGUACCCACUGAGAUUUUAAUGUAAUAUUUCAGAUAUUUAACAACACAUUUGCAUGUUCAUGUUUAUCUGUUAUUGAAUAAUAUGAGAUUUUGUUCAAUGUUAUGUCCCUUGUAGAACUUUUCAGUCACAAAGCCAGUUUAUAGAACAACCCAAAUGCUAUCACUUUAUUAAAAAUACAGAUUUUAUUAGAAUAAUCAAUUGAAAGGCUUUUAUUCUGUUCUGUUUUGUAAAUGCAUUUAAUUGGUUAAAAUAAAAUGCAGAUUUGUAUUGUAUGCUUCCA